UUUUUUUUUGCUUAGAGUGGCUCCGUAGAAUACUGUAAGGUGUACGUAACAAUGACUUUCAUUUCGUCAGAAAUCGAAACUUAAGCCUCAUAGCUCACCGGGUAGCGUCCCAGACUCUAGAAGCAGUUCUCCGAGGAGCAUUCGGUCCAACCGCAACAUAGAAGGAAAUUGUGUCUUUUCACAUGUCUGGUCGCGGAGGCCAACGUGGGGGUAGGCCGACCCAACAUCAGGGCCCUGGCAGCAACUCAAGUCGAGGAUCGCACGGGAGAGGGGCUAGGCCGACCCAACACCAGGGCCCUGGCAGCAGCUCAAGUCGAGGAUCGCACGGGGAAGGGGCUAGGCCGACCCAACACCAGGGCCCUGGCAGCAGCUCAAGUCGAGGAUCGCACGGGGAAGAUGAACACUGGCGAACGGGUGCCCCUCGUGGCAGCUCUCAGAACAGGCGGGGAGGUGUCAGGUCGCAGUCCCAUGCCAGAGAGGCAGAGGCGGUCGGGAGAUCACCAUGGAGACGGGAACACAGUAUGGGAAGGGCUGUAUUUCAGCACUGUCCACCUCUCUCACUGGAUUUAACAGACCCUUAUAAUCUAGCAGGAGGUCUUGUGCAAAGCCAGGAGAGAGGAAGGCCUGUAAGAGCAGGGGAUCAGUUUGCCCACAAGGACGGCAGAAGGGGUGGUCGCAACAAAUCUCAGGCACGGACUGGAAACCUUUCUGUCCAUCCCAUGAGGAAUCCAUCUGGAGUCCCGGCGACAAGUGUGCCCAAUACCCCAAGAAAUUUCAGGCCUCCGAAUGACACUAAAAGUCACAAUGCUACAAAGAAUGAGCACAGCGCACCCAGGGACUGGCUUGGUCCAUCACACAGGGCAGCAAGCCAGCCGAACCUGUCUGACCUUGGGAACCACUCCCAGGGCCGUGAACGUAGGGACAGGAGGGGUGAGACAGCCCAGGACCCCGCUCACAAACCCAGACAGAGGCUAGACUUCCGCUCCCUGGAAAAUAUCCUGCAGAUGGAGCCUUCAGAAGUAGUGAUGAAGCUGGCUGCUCCAGGGAGUGGCCUGAGGGAGUUUCUGGACAGGAAGGACACCACAGACCAGCUGACCCAUAUUACUCUGGAUGUCCUCAGCAAGGCCUGCAGCUGCCGGACCAACAGGCAUAACUUGCAGCACCUCCUCUCUGAGGUUAAGGAUUCCCAGUUCCUGAAGACCACCAUCCCCAUGUUUUUGAUGACACUAGGUGCAACCUUAGGCAUGAAUGACCAGGACACCAGGGAGCAGAUUAUAGCAAGAGUCAAGAAGAUUAUCGACCUGCACAUCACCCUAACGAGUGUGUUCCCCUCCAGUACCGUCAUUGACGUGUCCAUGGCCGUUGUCCUCCUGGAGAAGGAGCUCACCAACUUGCAGCAAUUGGGGGUCACCAUUGGAGAGGAUGUCAGUGAGAGCCUGGGGAAGCUCCAGAACAUGGCAGCCCACCUGCAGGAAAAGAAGCGAGAUGGCACCCUUCGGUCAGACAACUACUCCUUUCUGCUGGGGAGGCAGGGCGAGGAGGGCGUGGAGGACUUCAGGCUCAUGUCCGUCUUCCCCACGUACGAGGACAUGCACGCCACAGAGCUGCCGUUCCUGAGGCCCAACAUCGUGGGUGAGAAGUUUCAAGAUGGUGAAACUUACCUGGACACACACUUCCGCCUGCUUCGUGAGGACUUUAUCAAACCACUCAGGGAUGGGAUCUCCCAGUUGCUCCACGUUGAGGGGAAGGACCUUCGCCAGCUACGUUUUGAUGAUAUUCGCAUCUACUCCAACGCACGCAUUCUGGCCCCAGUAUGUACACCUAAAGGAAUCCUUUACCGAGUUAAAUUUGAUGGAAAGAACUUGAAAAAUAUCAACUGGGAGAGCUCCAAGCGGCUGCUGUUUGGAGCGCUGGUGUGCUUGUCUACAGACUACUUCAGGACAAUGAUUUUUGCCACCGUGGCCAACCGGGAUGUGAAAGAACUCCAGAAGGGUGUCACUACUGUCUUUUUCACUGAAGAAAACAGGAGGAAGCUGGCAGACGUGUCUCCAAGUGAUGUGUUCCUCAUGGUGGAGAACAUGGCCUUUUUUGAAGCUUACCGCCAUGUCCUGGAGGGCCUGCAGGAGAUGUCCGUGGAGGACCUGCCCAUGCAGAGGUACAUCGUCAGCUGUGAGGAAGAUAUCUCUCCCCCCAGGUACCUUCUCGCCCAUCAGCACAGUUACCGUCUCCAGGCCCUGAUGAACAAUAAUCGGCUGGAAAGACAGCCAUUGGACUUCCUGUCAGACACAACAAAAAAGCAAACCGUGAGGGAUAUCCUGAACUUCAGUGACUGGCCCAGUAAAGAACAGCUUGGACUGGACGACUCGCAGAUGAAGGCCGUGCAGCUGGCCCUCACCAAGGAGCUCACCAUCAUUCAAGGCCCACCGGGAACAGGAAAGACUUUUGUUGGUCUGAAAAUUGUGAAGGCUCUUCUGGACAAUGCCAAUGUGUGGCGUUCAGCAGCCGGUUCUCCUAUUCUGGUUGUCUGUUACACAAACCAUGCACUGGAUCAGUUCCUGGAAGGCAUUCUCAAGUUCAUGAGUAAAUCCUCGGUGUUGGUGCGAGUGGGAGGGAGAAGCUCAAAUGAAGCCCUACAGGAGCUCUCUCUGGCUAAACUGAGGAGACAAACCAACUUCAUGCAGAAGCUGCCGGGGUACAUGAGAGCCAUGCAUGCCCAGCUCAAGGAAGAAAGAGGGGAUUUGGAGAGCAGAAUUGAAAGCUUGGCGGCCUUGUUGGAAAGCUCAGCUAAGGGAGUUCUACACGAGAGUGUGCUCAAAGAAUACAUUUUCACUCUCCAUGGUGUGAUGCUUGAAGAAGGACAGCUUGGCGGAGGAGGUGUGUCCUGCAGAAAAAAGGCCCAGUCCCUGAUGCUGGAUUGGCUGGGGAUUUCCAUGUUGAGUCACAGCUCCAGGAAAAUGGGUGAUACUGCUGAAGGUCGUGAUGAACAGGUUGGCUGGGAGGAGGGCAGCUGCACAAACUCAGUGGAUGACCUAGUGAGAGUGAAAGAAUUCCUCUCGGUGCUUGAGCCUUUGGACAAUGAAGACGCCAUGAGCGACGUGACCAGCGUAGCCACAGAGGGAGAUGGAGACGUGGCUGACCUGCUCCAAGUGACAGAGGAGGCGGAGCUGGUGCAGGCAGAGAGAAUUAUGGAGGGGGACGACAUGCAGCAGUACAUCCACAGCGCCCUCGACAGAAUGGCGGCCGCACAGAGGGAGGUCCUUGCUUACGUGCCAAAGGAAGAUGAUAAGGAGGAGGAGGAGGAUGAGAAAGGAAAAGAGGAUGCCGAUGAGGGGUGGGAGAUAACCCGAGAAAUGAAGAAGAAGCUGAAAAACGUGGUGAAGCAGGAACUUAAGAAAAAAGACCACAUGCUUGAGGAGGAAGCAGAGCAGAUCACGGAUCUCUGGGCCCUGCCCUACAAGCAACGCUGGCAUCUCUACAGACUCUGGCUGGCGAUCUAUCGCAGAGAAAUAAGGACCAGGAUUAUCUCUUAUGAGAAUGACUACCAGAGAAUUGUGGACCGGACGGACGAGCUGAGACAGCAGGAGGAUGAGACUGUUCUCAGGAGCGCCAGUGUCAUCGGAAUGACUACCACAUGCGCAGCUCGAUGCAGGGGGGUUCUGCAGGGCAUCCAGCCCAGGAUAGUUGUGGUGGAGGAGGCAGCUGAGGUUCUGGAGGCCCACAUCAUCGCCAUGCUUACCUCUGCCUGCCAGCACCUCAUACUGAUUGGAGACCACCAGCAGCUCCGCCCCAGCACGACAGUGUAUGAGCUCGCCAGGAACUUUAACUUGGAGGUGUCCUUGUUUGAGCGACUCAUUCGUAUGGAUGUCCCUUACGUCAGACUAGACUACCAGCACCGAAUGCGCCCUGAGAUUGCACAGCUGUUGACACCACACAUCUACGACAAACUGGAAAACCACUCCUCUGUCCAUCUGUAUGAAAAUAUUAAGGGGGUAGCAACAAACAUCUUCUUUGUGGAUCAUGACCAUCUGGAAGAGCACAUCAAGGAAGGCCGUAGCCAUCAGAACCUGCACGAGGCCACCUUUGUGAAAGCUCUGUGUUACUACCUGAUGUUGCAGGGCUAUAAGCCCUCCCAGAUCACUGUCCUCACCACUUACAGUGGCCAGCAGUUCUGCCUGAAGAAUAUCAUGCCCAAGAGCACAUUUCAGGGUGUCAACCUCUGUGUGGUGGACCGCUACCAGGGUGAGGAAAAUGACAUUGUGAUACUCUCCUUAGUCAGGAGCAACAAGGAGGGAAAAGUGGGCUUCCUGAAAAUCCCCAACCGUGUGUGCGUGGCUCUGUCGAGAGCCAAGAAGGGCCUGUUCUGCAUCGGUAACAUGACCAUGCUCUCCUCAGUCCCAUUGUGGAGCAAAAUCAUCGACGUGCUGAGCCGCAACAGGCAAGUGGGCAAGGCCCUGAUGCUGCGGUGCGAGAAUCAUCCCGCCACCAUCACAGCGGUGUCCAAGCCGGAGGACUUCCUCAAGGUGCCAUUCGGGGGCUGCAAUGUGCCCUGCGAGUACCGGCUGGACUGCGGCCAUGUCUGCACCAAACUGUGCCACCCUACCGACACAGACCACAAACUGUUCAAAUGCACACAGCCAUGCACCAAGACCCUGUGCCAGGAUGGGCACAGGUGCCCCAAGACGUGCUCCAAAGAGUGCGGCGAGUGCCAGGUGAUUGUCACCAAGACGGUGCCUAAGUGUGGCCACGAGCAGGAGGUCCCCUGCUCUCAAUCGCUGGACGGUUUCAUUUGCCAGGUCCCCUGCAACAAGACACUGCAGUGUGGUCACCUGUGUGUCCGAGGCUGCGGGGAGUCCUGCACGCUCAACUGUCCCCAAAAAGUGAAGGUCCCUCUCGGCUGCGGCCACCAACGGAACAUGCAGUGUCACGUGAAGCAGGAGGCCGAUAAUAAACAGGAGCCGAUUAAGUGCUGGAAGAAAUGCAAUGCCGAGCUGGAUUGUGGCCACAUCUGCUCAGGCAGCUGCUUUCAGUGUGCGGGGGGAAGCGCACAUCUUCCAUGCGCCUCUCCUUGCAACGCUCAGCUGAUCUGCUUCCACCAGUGCCACAAGGGAUGCAACCAGGGAUGCGCACCCUGCACUAAGCGAUGUGAAACCCAAUGCUACCACAGAAAAUGCCCAAAGCUGUGCUCAGAGGCCUGUCCGCCCUGCACUGCCCUCUGUGGCUGGCAUUGCAAGCACCACCAAUGCACUCGCUUGUGCCACGAGCCCUGCGACAGACCUCCGUGCGAGGUCGCCUGCUACAAGAAGCUGAAAUGCGAGCAUUCCUGCAUCGGUAUGUGCGGGGAGCCAUGCCCACAGAAGUGCCGCGUCUGCAAUGCUGAGGAGGUUUCAGAGCUGUUCUUCGGCAAAGAGGGCGAUCCCAAGGCCCGCUUUGUGCAGCUGACCGACUGCAAUCACAUCUUCGAGGUGACGGGGUUUGACUCCUGGAUGGCAUCGCCGGAGGAAAACGGGGCCAUCAGACCAAAGUCCUGUCCCAAGUGCCGCACCCCCGUCCGAAGGAGCGUGCGCUACAAUGCUUUCAUUAAAAGCACGCAGCUGGAUGUGGAGGUGAUGAAGAGGAAGGCUGCUGUGAUGCUGGCAGAGCACAUUCAAAGUGUCAUAAAGGAGAAAGAGAAGAUGGGGAUAAAAUCUCCCGAAAUCCCACCUCUGCUUUCCAAGUUGACAGACGCCGACUUGGGAAGAGUUGCGUUAAUCAGUCAGCAGAUUGAACUCCUCUCACAGCUGGCAGAAAUAAAACACAGUGCACGUCUGAAUGUUCCAAUGCACCAUUUGCUGCUGAUAAAUGACAUGGCGCACCUUUGUAUGACGAAGGUUGCCACAGCAGGACCCAGACAGGUGUCUGAGUGUGAGACAGAAGUAAAACGGAUCUUGUGUCUGGCUGAAGCUCAUGCAUUAGUAGGCGUCUAUGCCAAAGCUCAAUAUCCUGUACUGCCUGCCCAGGGAGUCACACCAGAGCAUCCAGGCCUAAAGGAUGUAAUUGGCAAGCUGAUGGGCAACGAGCCCCAGCUGAGCAAACGUGAUUUGUUAAAUGUGCAAGCAGCUCUGGAUGGUUUUGCUAAGGGGAUGAACCCACCCACAAGAUGGAAGAUGCUGGAGGACACAGAGGCUGUCUCAACUGUCCUCAGUUGCAGCUUUUUGAAACUUGCCCAUUGGUUCAAGUGUAGCAGUGGGCAUGUAUACUACAGAGCAAGCGCUGACACUGGAGGCCAGAGUGAGUUGUGCCCGGAGUGUCUGAUGACAGAGUGAGCGAGCUCACUACAUUGCGUUCUAUUUAUGGGGGACUAAACAUGUUAAAGUGAUAUACAUAAUUAUAUCAGUAUGGAAUUAUAUCCACAAAUGUUUAAGUAAAUGCAUCAUUUUAUUUCAAAUUAAUGAAUUAAUUCCCACUUCAUGAUUUGUCCUUUUCACAAUAACAUGAUCAUGUUUCAUUUCAUAGUAACAUGUGUGACUUUUUUCAUUCCAUAGUGACACUUUUCUUGAAUGGCUUAUUUAAAAAUAAAACACAUAAUAAAUGUAAUGUAUGUAAAAUGUAUAUCUGCUGUCAGUGUUCCAGGAGACAGCCAUGAAAACAGUUCAUCAGCCCUAGUAGUGUGACAAUUGAGUAUUGUAAAUCUGUUCUGUAAUUGUUUCUUAACUUGCCUUAUUGCUCAAGAAAUGAUUGCUUGUUGCUGGCUCCAAUCUAUGAACAAUAUUCACGUAUAAAAUAAAAACGUUACGAAAAUGUUUUGCGACAAUGCUAUGGUUUUGCUUUAGCCUGUCAUAGGCUACAGUGUGACAUUAAGACAUGGACAAUGUAUCUGUAAAUAAAUAAAUACACACCUACCAAAUA